UAAUGUGGUAUGGCAACUGGUAUUGAUGCACGUACGUACGAAGUUCUACGUUGUUAUUGAGUGACUGACUACCGUGUUGUUUACAAUUUGUAGUGUGGUAACGUCUAUAUAUGGUCACUGAUAUAUUAAUUCUUCGAGCAUCUUUAUCAUUGUUUUGAAGAGUAGUUUUGGUCAUUUAUUAUAAUUGGUGUUCUGUGAAAUGCUUUAGGUAGAGAAAGUCGAUCAUUUGUAUUGGUUAACAACUUAAUGCAUGUGUGAUUGUUGAGAUAAAGUAAUGUAUAUGGCUGACUAGUUGGCCUCAAUCUGUGUCGUUGGCCGAAGUAUAGGUAAUAGUAAACAAGUUUUUAUUAUCGCAUCAGUUUACGAAGUCAAUGGUUGUUACUGGGAGUCCUUUCUUACCAAUCCAGUUAGUGUAGAAGUUUAAAUCAAAUAUAUUAGAAUUUCUCAAUUUUGUAAACAUGUUUUCCAAAAUAUCCAAACUCUAUUCAUUCAGUUUUAGUUUAUGGUCGUCUGGUUUUAAUGGAGUGCGAUUUAUUGUCGUUUUAGUGUUUGAUUUACUAUAUAAAUACCUAGAUACAGUUUGUACAAAAUCUAUAACUGUUUUCGACAUUUUAUUAACCCAGUUGUUUCAUUUAUUGAAAUUAUGUCGACUAGUUGCACUGUCAAUCCUACAUUAUUGUUAAGAUAAGUAUUUAUGAGUUUUGUAAAAAUGGCUAACAUAUUUUUUAUCACAUUAAAGAAAAUCAAUUAAGUAUUGCAAUUUUUCUCUUUAAAGACCCUAAGUGAAAUAAAGGAUUUCAGAUUAAAUUCAGUUAUUAUGAGAAAAAUGCGCAGACAUGUGAUUAUUUGGUCGUAUCAUUAAAGGAUUAAUCAACUCAUGUUUAGUCAUGUGUUUAUAAACUAUCAUAAACUAGUAGACAGUAGUGUACCAUCAAUCAAAUAAUUAGUUAACAGAUAGACAUAAUAAUCUAGAACCCUGAGGAAGUGUACAAAAUCAAGUUACCAUAAUCCGUAGCAUCUUAAUGAUUAUCAAGAUAAAAGAUAUCCAAACGUGAAGAGAGAAGGAAUAACGAGUAAUGAGUGAAUAUAUCUGCAUCAUUGUAACAGGUUAUAAGCUGUCAUCUAGUGUCUCUAAUCGCUGACUUUCAUCUUCUUGGUAACUCUGUAUAGGAUGUCUUAACUUUUUUAUGCAAUUCGGACAAACAAGAUAAUGACUACAAGUUUUAUCGUAUUUUUACUAUAUUAGUCGAUGGGCUAUUAAGUAACCUUCCGUUCUUACCUGACAUAGAUAUGAACAACAUCUGAAACUCAAAACUUGGUGUCGCACCUAUUUUCUCAUAGUAAUUGUGAUAGUCUUAAACAUCUCGCUUUCUGUCCCUAAGAUAUUUUGAUGUAAACCAAAUUAUUUCGCACUAUCUGACGUUCUGUAAGGCGAAAUUAGUAGAUAACAAAGGAUCCUUCAUCUCGUCACCGUAUUCAUGACUUGUAUUGUCCGUUCAGUUUAUGUUGUUCAGAAGUAACUGCUGCGGGAGAUGAUGAUUCGAUACAUAUUGAUCUACAUUAGUAUGUUUGCUGUAAGUUUGAACACUUGUGACAAAAUUUAUGUCUAGCACACCCACCUUGUUUCCACACCAAAAAGCAAUUUAUUAUAAAAUCUUACAUGUUAGCUUGACUAAACUAAGCAGCAAGUUAUCCUCUGAACUAUCCUCUAUAAUAAAAUAUCAAUAUUUGAAGGUGAUCUGUAUAAAUAAAGUUUAUACCAAUAGGUAUUAAUCGAUUAGAUCACAAAAAUCCAACUUUCUAAUCACUAACUCGUUCUUCAUACUCAUGUUAUACAUAUUCUUAUGAGUGCUUCAUUUUCUGUAUUUUUCCUAGUAAAACAUACUUCAAGUGAUUUGGAGACUCCGGUCUAGCUAAUUGCUGUUUUUACCUUGGAAAUUAAAGAUCACCAAUAGCAAUAUGUCCAACAAUAGUGGAUUAGACAUAACAAAUUUGGAUGAUUUACGUGAUCCAUCGGGAAUCUUUUCACUCAUCGAAGUUGUGGGUAAAGGUACUUAUGGAAAUGUAUACAAGGGACGAUACACACGAACUGGUCAGCUAGCUGCCAUCAAGGUUAUGCCAAUUACUGAAGAGGAUGAAGAAGAAAUUAAGCUGGAAAUCGAUACAUUAAAAAAGUUAUCGAAUCAUCGAAAUAUUGCUAGUUAUUAUGGUGCAUUUAUUAAAAAAUCUUCACCUCGUGAUCAUCUUUGGCUUGCUAUGGAAUAUUGUGGUGCUGGAUCAGUGGCUGAUUUAAUAAAAAGUACUCGCACGAAAUCACUCAAAGAAGAUUGGAUUGCUUAUAUUUGUCGAGAAAUUCUCCGAGGUCUUAUGCAUUUACAUGCAAAUCGUGUGAUUCAUCGAGACAUUAAAGGUCAAAAUGUAUUGCUCACUGAUAAUGCUGAGGUGAAACUUGUCGAUUUUGGAGUGAGUGCACAAUUAGAUAAAACAUUCGGUAAACGGAAUACAUUUAUUGGGACCCCGUACUGGAUGGCGCCUGAAGUGAUUCAUUGCGAACAAGAUUCAAGUUGUACAUAUGAUGCUCGUUCAGAUAUCUGGUCAUUGGGUAUAACAGCUUUAGAAAUGGCUGAAGGUCGACCACCAUUAUGUGAAAUGCAUCCAAUGCGUGCACUUUUCUUAAUAAUGCGUAACUCACCACCUCGAUUAAAACAAUCACCGAACGGAUCUAGACAUUGGACACCAAGAUUUCAUGAUUUUGUCAAUAAAUGUUUAACUAAAGAUUUCCAUAAACGUCCAAAUACAUCAGAAUUAUUUCGACAUGAAUUCAUUACAAAUUUACCAAAUGAACGUCAAAUUAGAAUUCAACUCAAAGAUCAUAUAGAUAGACAUAGACGAAAUAGGCAAACUGAAGAACAUGAAAAAAUUUAUGAAUAUGAAGGAAGUGAUGAAGAGGAGGAGGAGGAAACUAGUGCAGCUGUUAAAGGAGCUGCUGCCGCUGCUCUAGCUAUGUCAGCUGCUGUUAGUGGCAAUGGUCAAGCACAUCGUUUACCUAGUCAAAUUAGCCAUCAUCCACCUCAAUUUCGUCAACCAACGGAUAAACCUCCCCAUAAUCAAGUGCUUCGGACUAGUGGAGUUCCUGAUCAAAACGAAGUAGCAUCGUUUGUUUCACAACCAUCUGUAUCUGGAUUAAACUAUAGACAACAUGGACAUAUGAUACAAAGUGGGAAUAUUGUAAAUGAUAAUGUACCAGUGAAUGCUCGAUUUAUCUCACGAAAUCCUAUGUCAGUAGUUAAUAGGUUACCUGCUGUUACGCCACAAUCAAUGAUGCCGCAUAAUAGUCGGUUGCCAAGGUUAGAUGAAGGUGAGUCAGCAACUGUCAAUGCUAAGGAACCAGGUGAAAAUACACUUCGUCAAAAUUUCGCUCGUUUACAGGAACGUGAACACCAUCCAUCUGUAGGUGUUGCCCCUCAACGAUCUGCCAAUGGACGCCCACAAUCAUCUAGUCAUCACUUUCCUCAACAUUCACGACCUUUGAAUAGUAGUCGUGGACCACCGGCAUAUAAUCAGUCACAACAGCAAAUGCAUUCGAAUCAACCGAAACUGGGUGUCCUAGCUGCUGGGAGUCGUCUAGCUGAUUCGGGUGGUUCAUCAUCUUACGCUGCUACUAAUACUACAGUCUCAGAUACACCUACAGAUAGCCAAUCUGUAACUAACAAUGAGGUUGUGUCCACGUCAUCGUCAGUUAAUAAUCCGGUCACUACACCCUUAUCAGUUAUUGGUGCAGUUGGUGAUAGUGGGCAACUUUCGCAUCAUUUCCCCCUACAACAUCAUAGAGCAUCUGUGCCAAAUCCUCCCAACUCUUUUCAUCCGACUGUUGUUACUUCUUGUUCCUCAUCGUCAUCACCAUCGAUAUUUUCAAAUGAUCAUUUGGGCAAUUUACUUAUUUCACCAUUUCGUGCAAAACUUGCCAAUCCUGGUCCACCACCCAUUCCACUUCAUCAGCAGGUUCGUAUUGGUAAUUGUGGAUUGAACGGGGGAUUACAUAAUGCUUCAGGAGUGCAACAUCAAACUGAUGAAGUGAAUGGUUCAUCUAGUAUAGUUGGCAUGGGUAACCCUGCUAGUUCUCGUCUUCAGCACAUUGUCGCACCGAAGUUUCCAUCAACCCGUCCAACAAGUCAGGCUGUACCACAUUUAGAUCUUCGUAAACCACCAUUAGAAUCAGCUUUACCCCAAUCAAUCAUCACAUCAACUAGUCCAGUUGCUAACCAACCCAAGUCAUCGGUAAACGCAAGUAUAUCGAGCCCUGUUAAUCGGUCUAGUGGAGCUGCAAUGGCUUUUGCUGUUACAACUAGUACUACCACCACCACGACUACGACAACAUCAGUGCCGACUAGUACAACAACAAUGACGACGGUGACGACAACAACAAGUGACGUUUUUAAUUCUAACUUUGCUCGUCAAUCAGCAACAUCAAAUUUACUAUCUGGAUUCAGCAAUCGAUCUCCAGCACACCAAAUAUCCUUACUUGGUGAAAAUGUUUCAACUAAGAACAUCACUACAACUGUCGCAAAUAACAGUACAUGUAUAAGUAAUAAUCAUAAAAUGCAUUCAAAUCAACCUGGACUUCGUUCACGUGCAAGUAAACAAUUGUCUAAUCGUCAAAAUUCAGGUGUUAUCCCCCAAAAAUUACAUCAUGCUCAUCAUUUACAUCAGCAAAACAAUCCAAAUCACAUAAGUAAAAAAUCUGAGGAACUUGAUCAAUUAGCCGCACAAUUGACUAAUUUAGGCGCUGUUUCACCUAGCCCUCAUCGACAAAAUAAUCGAAAUCAGUUGAAUGGUAAAUCUGACACAAAAUCAAAUGAUAAACAACCAUCAUCAUCACAACAAAAACAACACUACCAGCAACAAAAAUCUUAUGAAAAUAAUAAUGUAAAAUCAUCAACAUCUAAUGAAUUAGUUACAUCAAUGGAAUCAGUAUGUGCGGUUGAAAAAAGGAAUCGAUCUAGUUCACUUUCUUCAACAUCAUCAUCAUCUUCGUCGUCGUCAUCUACCACUAAUUCUUCUUCUAUAUCAUCUGAAUUUCACGGUAAUGAGGGUUCACCAGUACAUGUGGAAAAUAAACAUUCAACAAGCAACUCAUCUACAAUGAGUAGAUCUCAUUCUGUUGGUUCAAAUCAUGAAUAUCACACGUCAAGCACUUGUUCUUCAUCCUCUGCUUCUACUAUUUCUUCAUGUGAUUCUAAUCAACGUAAAAAUCAUGAAAAUGCGUGUCGAGUUAUACUGAAUGGAAAACGACAUUCAGAAAUAGAUCCUCGUCGACUUACUGUUGUUGAGAAUGUUCGUGUGUUGAAUAACAAUAACAACCAAAUGAACCAUAAUACUAAUGUUGAUUCUAAUGAGCUUGAUGACUUAGAUAGAAUACAAAGAGAUCCAGUACAAUUCAUCGCUUCUAAUGAUGACCAGAUUGACGACUUUAACUACGGAGCUUACAACAUACAGAAUGAUGAGGAAGAUGACGAGGACACUGGAGGCGGAGGAGAGGAAGAGGAGGAUGAAGAUGAAGGUGAUGUCAUCGUUGUUGAAGAAGAAGAAGAAAAUGGUGCUGAUCUAGAAGAGGCUGAACAGUUAAGGGCUACGUUAUCUAUUGUUCGUACACGUCAAAGAUCAUCAUGUGAUGAAUCGAUAAGAAAUGUUGAUGGUGAUGUUGAUAGUGCUGUCACAAAUGAAUCCUCAUGCUAUGUAGACGAUGGAACGUUGUCCAAUGCAGCAGUGAGAUGGCAUAAAGAGGGGACCUUUGACAAUGUGGUGCACUCAAUAAAUCUUAUGCCUAAUUCACCAAUUAUUCAGCCUCCACCGCUUCCUCCACGCUCUAAACGUCAUUCUUUUUACUUAGAAUCUCACUUUCCUAAACCUGUACACCGAACUGUUGUGGUUUCACCACCAUGUCAUAUUUUGUUAGAGUUAGGUUCAUCCAAUCAGUCAAGACGUUAUUCUGCACCAGGUCUUUCAAUUUUAAAACCAUCAGAUGAAUUUGCCAAAGAAACUUUAUGCAGUUUAGCAUCGAUUAUUGAGUCUACAUCUGGGACAAUUGACCGAUCUGGAUCUAAUGUUAAUCCAUCAACUGGGAAUAAUAAUGUUAAAUACACUGUUUCAAAUGGUUAUCCAAACACAACUGAUCUGUCUUCAUGUACAGAUAAGGUGAAAGUUACAAGUUCAUCUCAAAAUGUUUCACAUAUUGGUGUCCCGCAUACAUCGUCAUCAAAAUUAAUUACAAAUGAAAAAGAAGGAUGUACAAAAAUACAAGAAACUCGAUCACCGUCACCACCACCACAUUCUACAGAUGCUACUUCUGCUGUUCUAGGCGGUCCGUAUAACAAGCCAUCAUAUCAACAAACUGAUAUAUGUACAAAUAUACCGACCAACCAACAUUCAUUAGGACAAUCCAACUUAGCUCAGAAAACGAGUCCACAAAUCUCUCCUCAGUCUGUAGUGAUUACAGACUCAAAUAAAGCACUUCCUAGUUCAGUUUGGUCAGUUCAAACAAACAAUAAUCUUGGUUCUCGAGUUUCAGAGCCAAGUCCACGUGGAGGUCAAAAAUCGAAAACCCAGUUAGAUAUACAACUUUCACAGUCAAGUUCUAAUCCUUCAUCAUCUAGCAACAGUGGUGGUUUAAUCAAAUCAAUCGCUUUGCCUAAUUCAUUAUGUGGUAAUUUACUGAAUUUUAAUUUACCAUCAAUUAGUACAAUAACAAGUACAGUUAUUACAACUGGUUCAUAUUUAUUACCUACAAGUAUUAGCGGUGGUGCUGGUUGUAUAUCAACUGCUUCAAAUAAUAUUUCAACAACAAAUUCUAGUUUAAACAACAAUGAUACACCGGAAAUACAAGUUUAUAAAAAGCGUUUUAAUUCGGAAAUUUUGUGUGCAUCUAUGUGGGGUGUAAAUUUACUGAUUGGUCUUGAAACGGGUCUUUCUUUAUUAGAUCGUAGUGGUGAAGGUCGUGUUUAUUCUUUAAUUACAAGACGAAGAUUUUCAAGGAUGGCUGUUUUAGAAGGUCAGAAUAUUUUAGUUACUAUAUCUGGACGUAAAAAUCGUGUACGCGUGUACUAUUUAUCUUGGCUUCGUAGUAAAAUUAUGAAAACGGAAGGAUGUGACAAGAAGAAUGGUUGGGUUAAUGUCGGUGAAAAUUUACAAGGUGCUGUACAUUUUAAAAUUGUAAAAUAUGAAAAAAUUAAAUUCCUUGUCAUCGCGUUGAGAGAUUCUGUAGAGAUUUAUGCUUGGGCACCUCGUCCAUAUCAUAAAUUUAUGGCUUUCAAAAGAUUCUCUGAACUCAAACAUCGGCCAUUAUUGGUAGAUUUAACCGUUGAAGAGAACACCCGUUUAAAAGUUGUAUAUGGUUCAUCUGAUGGUUUUCAUGCUAUUGACUUGGAUUCAAAUAUAGUAUUCGACUUAUAUAUGCCUUCUUUGAUUAAUUCACAUAUUACUCCUCAUUGUAUAGUAGUACUUCCUAAUACAGGUGGUAUGCAGUUACUUUUAUGCUACGACACUGAAGGUGUUUAUGUAGAUACUAAUGGAAAACUAACAAAAAAUAUCGUUAUCCAAUGGGGUGAAGUUCCAACUUGUGUAGCCUAUAUAUCUACCGGUCAAUUACUUGGUUGGGGUUUAAAAGCUAUUGAAGUUAGAUCAGCUGAAACUGGACACUUAGAUGGAGUAUUCAUGCAUAAACGUGAACAGAAAUUCAAAUUUCUUUGUGAACGUAAUGAUAAGGUAUUUUUCUCGAAUACACGGUCUGGGCCACCCCAAGUAUCUAUGAUGACCCUUAGUGGUAUACACUGGUAAUAAAUUAACUUGACUUUUCAUGUCUACAGUUUUUCUUGAUGAUUUUUAAACUGAGCACCACCAACACUACUUCGCAUCCUGACACCCAUACAAUACAGAGAAAUCAAUAUCUUAAUAUUAUUUAACUAAUGCAAAAUUACUACUAUACCUUAAUUUAAUGUCUGACAAUGCAUUUCUCUUUAAAUGUGUUGUUGUAAUGGUAAAUGACAGUGAUUCUGAGUAAGAAGAAAUGAUAAUUUUCCAACAAAUUUAUCUCAUUUUAGUCUACAGUAUUGUCCAAAUAAACGUGCAAAAACAUUUUCUCUCCUAAUUUUAUGCAUAAUUUACAGUUUUCUUCCAAUUGACCUUUAUUUGCGCAUUUUGUUUGGAUUGUGUACAUUAUCGUUGCUAAUAUUAACCCGCAUGAAUGGAUAUCAAUUUUGAAAUGUUCUACAUAUUUAUUAUUAUUUGCCAGUAAAUAAAAACACUACACAAUGUAUCCUAAUCUGUGCUAUGUAUGUGAUGAAAGCUUAUUCUUUAUUAAUCUUUUUUUUGUUCUUAUUCAGUACUAUGUUAUAUAUACAAAUGACUUUAGGAAAAUUUGAUUUGUAGUUGUGAAUUGUUUUAGAAAUUUUUACUUCGAAUUGUAACAAUAACCUCAAUUCCUUUCCUCCUAUAUUAUAUUGAACUACUUUGAUCUAUCCAUCUUUCUAGGUGCAUAUAUGACCAUAUAUUCUUAACUGUAUCAGUUUUGGUUAGUGCUAUUCAUUUCCUGUUCAUAUUAUCUAGAGGUUAUUAGAAUUUGACAUAUACGUUAUUGUUAUCAAUCAAUCAUUCGUUUAUCUACUGCUCUCAGAUAAUAGUAUGGAUAAUCUUGCUUAACGAAUAUUCACUUCUCCUUUAAGUUUUACACAUUUUUCACUAUUAUUUUCAAUCCAUGAGGGAUGAUGAUAGGUUUGUUACACACACACACACACACACAAACAUUUAGCAUGUUUUGCUCCUUUCAGUGUUUCUUAAUUUGAACUCUUGAUAACAGUUUUCAUUUCUUCUUAUUUUUUUUAAAACAAAGUUGUUCAUGCUUAUUAUCCUAUUUGUCUCGUUUGUAUUAUUGUUAACAUUCAGUAUUUAAAUGAAUUGUAUGAACAAAUUUUAUAUAUGCGAGGUAGUGUGAGAGCAAAGCAAAUGAUUCACAUACUGAAGAGGUUUCUUUGUGUACUUUUUCGUUGGAAGGGAUUUUGCAUCAAUCAACAAGAAAUAAGAUCUAUUAGCUCAGUGGUUUUCCAAGUUUU